GUAAGGCAGAAAACACCAAUACCACAAUGCGCUGCACCACACUGCAGCAACCACCAAUUAAUAACCAAAGUUUUUGCAUGUUUCGCUAAAGAACUUUAGCCAUGUGCGCCAUUUCGGUGGUCCGAAUGGGGACAUAAUGGAGGGGUUAGUACGUAGAACAGGCGACCGCAGUAUAUUUCGGUUCAUGGUGUUUUCUACUGGAUGCAGACGAAAAAAAAUCCCAACUGCUGCGUAAGCAAGGCGAUGUUACAACAGCACAUACAACAGCAGAAAUAAAAUUGUGUCUCAUACAGCGUAACAAGUAUUAAACCACACAAAACGCAACUCAAAACCAACAACCCCCGUUCCUAUGCAUAGAAGCGUAGAAAAUCGGGAAACUCCACACACUGAUAUGAACAUGAACCGUAAGCCAAGAACACGGUGCACCGAGAAUCGGCACCGUGAAAAGGUGUGCCGAAAGCUGGAUAGGAACUGUAAUGAUAGAACAAUCCGUUGUGGGCAGCAGUUGGCAGACAGCGACAGAUAGAGAGAGAGAGACAGAGAGCAACCACAAACUGAUCGAAUUUCGUCGGCGUGUUGUAGAUGCAGAUUGAAAGACAGCUAAAUAGUAAAUCAAAUCUCCUACAAAUAAAUGAAACUACACAGCCCGUUUGCUACUACUACAUUACUAAAUACCGAAUGUAAUAAUGUAUGGAACUUUGUAUAAAAAAAAACACCGCUAAACGCUUUCCAUUCCCGGGAAGUGGGCAUUCGUGGCUUGGAGAAUUUGCAGCGCGGCUGAGAGAAUGAAAACAAAAAUGUGGAAAGAAGCCAUACUAAAGAAUGCUAGUGAAAGUGAUUCGAAAAUUUGGUGAAUCCAAACAAGGCAGAAGGGGCUAGCAACUGGUAGAAUCCAUUCAUUCCUCAUUUAGUACAUUUUCACACUGGAUGUGACAGUAGAACGCUUUCUUUUUUUAUUGUUUUGAACAUUACAAACCUUUUAUAUCGUGUGCACGCGACAGCGGCGGGAAAGAUUGGCACAAAACAAUCAUAAAAUUUAUGAUUGUUAUACAGAGAAGAUUAAAUCGAAGAUUAAUAGAUGGGUUUCGCGUUGGAAUUCUUUACAUUUCCCAAAAAAAAGGAGAACUAGUGCUGCAAUGAAAUGUGCUCAUUGUGUCGAUAUACCCUUCAACGUGUUGCCUCACGUACCGUUGCCCGUUAUGCUUUUCUAUGUUUGCUAAAUGAAGGAAUUUUGAUUUGUUUAGCUGCUCCCCGGAAAUGUUUUAAUUGCAAAAUAGCGCACAACUUACAAGCGCUCUAAAUAUGUGUACAUACAUGUACGUGUGCGUUUGUGUAAAUGUACGGUAUGGUGCUUUCAGCAGCAAAAAAACCCUAUCAGAUAUUGGUUAAAUGGUGUGUGAGACAUUUAUGUGAUUGUUUUUCUUUAAACAGAUUAAUGAAAAUUAAAAAAAUCAGCCCGUGCGUGUCUCACGUAUUUCGGACUUAAUAGACCCCGAGUGAAUGGGUGCUUCAGCGAAUUCAGUCGCGAGACAGGAACGAACCAGAAUCAUGCAAACACUUCCGAUAAGCCAACAGAUAGGUCUAUUUACAUCUGCCUACUUAGCUGUUUCGUUUAAAUCGAUGUUAUUUGACAGGCCACGAGCGCACGAGAUGUGUAUAAUUACGUUGUUGAGAGCGGAUUUUACAGUUUAUGCAGUAUACUCUUACCGAUACCAAAAGGGAGUUGCGAUACCGGAUAUUGUUGAUCCUUUAUGUUCACGUUUUUUAAACAUUAAGCAAAAGGAACAAAGCAAAGAAAAACAAACGAUAUAUAAAUGUAUCAGCGGCAGAUAGUAUGUAGGAAAGUUUCUAACGUUCUUGCGUCCGAGAUUGUUACUUUACCGGUAAAGAAGAAGAUAUUAUUAUCUGUCGUUUGUAGCGCCAGACGGCCUCAACCCGACGGCCCGUUUUUUUUUAUUCAUUAUAAUUAUAAUUUCUUCAUCUCGUCGAG